CGCAGUGCCACGCUCUCGCCAACCCCCCAAGCCCUCCAAGGGGCCACCCAACACCACCGGAUCUCCAUUCGACAAGGCUCGGCGCCUUAUUAAGAUCCCGGCUCAGCUAAUUAUUACCCUCUAAAAAAAACAAACUCCUCACGUCAAUCUUGAUUGUCACUCUUUAUCCCCAUAGAUACACCCGGCACCCAAGACUUCUCCUUGCUGAGUGUGCUUUUUCCUCAAUUGGCACGGCAGGACCUCAAUCAUCUUUGCCCAAUCUUCUCUCAAGGAUCAUUUCUUCAACUGCAGCACGCUUUCCCGACUAAAGCCUUCCCCUCCCCACCGAACUCAUCUCAGCACCGGAGUUCCACCACAGCACAUAUAGCAGACCCCGGGGCGGGUUUUCCUUCCCCCUUCUUACCUCUCGAUCCUUUCAUUCAUCUACCACUGCACUGUGCCUCCCCGAUCUGGAGUCUUUACACUCACUAUAGAACCCUCCCACCGCCGCACCCGGUAGACCGACCCCUUUCGAGAUAGACUCGCGACUAUUCGUCCCACUCCAACCACACAUGCUGGCAGACGCUCUCUGAAUGCGGUGGGUUCUGCAUCACGAUCUUCACCAAAGAGAAGGAAACGACUGGGGAUAGUACUGCCGAGGAGGCAAUAUAACUUUCUUGUCGAUAUAAAUCAAUAUCUGUGUAUAUUUUAGAAAUACAUACGGGAGGGGAUCUGUCACUUGGAGCAAACAAUCUGGCUACAGUUCAGUUUCUCGUUGUCGAGCCAAACCUGCCGCCAAAGACCUUUGCAACUUCGUACGACUCCUAGGUUUCACGACAUCUGUGCCAGAUGGCGUGGUCGCAGCUCACCAUAGACAAACCACAUUUGGUGUACAUCAUCCUGGGCGGGUUCACCAGCAUAUUCAUGCUAUGCUCGCUUUUCAUCAAGGAGAAACUGUACAUUGGCGAAGCAACGGUUGCGACAAUAUGCGGCGUCAUAUUUGGACCCCAUGCGGCAAAUCUCAUCAACCCUCUGACCUGGGGUAACACCGACCAAGUCACCCUCGAAUUCUCCCGCAUCGUCCUGGUUGUUCAGUGUUUCGCCGUCGGCGUCGAGUUGCCCAAGGCGUACAUGGAAAGGCACUGGAAGUCGGUCGUGUUCCUCCUGGUCCCAGUCAUGACUUUUGGUUGGCUGGUCACCAGUCUCUUCAUCUGGUGGAUGGUUGUCCCUCUCAGCUGGCUGGAGUCUCUGGUCGUUGCGGCUUGCGUCACCGCCACCGAUCCGGUCCUGGCAUCAUCGGUCGUGGGAAAGGGCAAGUUCGCAAAACGAGUGCCCAAACAUCUUCGAGACGUCCUAUCUGCCGAAUCCGGUUGCAACGACGGGAUGGCUUUUCCAUUCAUUUAUCUGUCCCUCUACUUGGUUAGGUACCACCUGCGGGCCGGAGAGGUUAUCUUUCAUUGGACGUGCUACACGAUCCUCUACGAGUGUAUCUUUGGCGCUUUCUACGGCGUCAUGGUCGGAUACAUUGGCCGUCACGCCAUCAAAUUCGCCGAGCGAAAAGGCUUGAUUGACCGCGAAAGUUUCCUUGUAUUCUAUUUCGUCCUGGCCUUGUUCUGUGCCGGUUCUGGGAGUCUGUUGGGGAUGGACGAUCUUCUGAUUGGAUUUGCUGCUGGAGUCGGGUUUUCGAACGACGGUUGGUUCACCGAGAAGACCGAGGAGUCCCAUGUGUCCAACGUCAUCGAUUUGCUCCUCAACUUGGCCUACUUUGUUUACUUUGGAACCAUCAUCCCUUGGGAUCAGUACAAUGCGCGCGCGUUCGGCCUCGUUCCCUGGCGGCUUGUCGUGAUUUCGAUCAUGGUCAUCUUGUUCCGUCGGAUACCUGCCAUGUUGGCACUGAAACCACUCAUUCCCGACGUCAAAACUUGGCGCGAGGCUUUGUUUGCCGGUCAUUUUGGGCCCAUUGGGGUCGGUGCCAUCUUUGCAGCAAUCCUGGCACGUGCAGAAUUGGAAACAGACGGAACGAUCCCGUUGGCCAAGCUCCCGGAAUCGAACGAGGAGUUUCUGCUCAUCUACCUUAUAUGGCCCCUGGUCACGUUCAUGGUCAUCUCAUCGAUUCUCGUACAUGGAUCCUCCAUUGCCGUCUUCACCUUGGGCAAGCGGAUCAACACUCUAACAAUCACUCUAUCAUACACUCAGGACAACGAGAAAGGCCCUGCAUGGAUGCAGCGACUCCCCAGAAUUACGUCUCAGUCACGGUCCAUGUCGCGCCGGGAGAGCUCGGAGUUGGACAUUGACGAGAAGUUGGAGAUUCCGCCUGGGGAACUCCCUCCGAUUGGAAUCCCCAAGCUCCAUCUCCGGCGACAGCGGGAAGACGAGUAUGAGAAGAGGCCGGGCUCUAGGUCCUCGAGCCAUGGCAGAGCACGGAGGCGGAGGCGGCGGGAUAGAGAUCUCGAAGAACGGCUUGGAGGACCUGUCAGCCAGAGUGCCAUUGCCCCGUCAAGACUUAGUGAGCCCGCACUCGUGCAACAGGAGUCCGGGUCGGACACAUUGUUCGAUAAGUCCGGCGAACCUUCGCCACAAAGUCGUCAAGACCGCCUUGGGGUCGUGUCACCAUCCUCAUCCCCAGAGCGCCAUGAGCUUGAAGCAGAGCAGGAGACCGAGACUGAGAGAGUCCCCGUCCGCCGCAGACGGUCUCCACCACCUCCGGACCUGGCUGCAGACGUCGAGGCAUAUGAGGAAGGUGACAAUAUUGUGGUCGAGGAUGAGGAAGGAAACGUGAUAGACACGAUUGACGCCAGUCACAUGUCUCCAGAAGAAAAGGCUGAGGCCAUCGAGAAAGCGCGAAACCGGCUGGCGAAGGACGAAUCCGGGCAAUUCGCAAAACACAAGCAUGAGUCACACUCCAGAAACGAAGGGGACGAGGUGGAGGAGGAGAUUGAACAAGCCGUCAUGCCCAAAAGUAUGCGUCAGAGAUUUGAUCAAUGGAAAGGGUUCGGCAGAAGGAAGGAGGGAGAUGCAGAACCUUCGAGCUCCAAGCAGGCCGAACGAAAGCGAGGUCCAGCUCAUGCUUACCAGUUUGGCAAUACGGUUAUUGUCGAAGACGAGGACGGCGAAGUCAUCAAGACAUACAACAUCCCUAGCGAAAGUGGUGGCGGCGACAAGACGAGGGAGCAGCAAAUGCGGGAUGGGCUGCGCCGCAUGAGCACGUGGGUUGGUUUGGGCCGACAAACUGGAACAGCAGCUCCAGCAGUUCCCAGUACAGCUGCUCCGGUACCAUCAGAGAAAGAAGACCACGACUUGAAGGAGGAAGUUGUGAAAAAGCGAGACUUCAAGAGACGCAUUAGCGAUGCUUCUUCUGACGACGGCUUGAGAAUGACCAUCUCCAGGGCUGAUCAAUACGGCUUGACCGGGUUGCAAAAGAAAACGCGAGAUGCCCCUGGGACUAUUGCAUUAGGGUCUGGCCGACGACUGUCGACAAGGGACUUCAUCAAACAAAUGCAGCAGCUGGACCCUAAGAAUAAGAUUCGAGAAGUUGAACGGAGUGACGCCACUGAAGACAUUAAACGAGAAGUGCGAAGAGCCGCGAAAAUGGAAAGAGAGGGACUUGAUGAGCUGACUCCGCCCGAGGAGAGUCCAGCGCGUGGCCGGACCGAGACAAACAUCGGCGGUGCCUCAGCCGCCGGCCGCCCUGAUGCUGGCAGAAGAACUACGAGUGAGCAAGAGGCCGAAGACUAUUUCAGCCCCCACCGGCGUCCGAGACCCGAUCGACUGACCACCCGAGACCGCACCCAAACAGUGAGCGAAGAGAGUGAAGAAGACGAGGAGGAAGCAGAGGAAGAGGAGGGGGGACAUAUUCCGACUCACAAUGUGAGAUCGAGCGUGGUGAGACACGGCAAAGGUCAGACGGCGGCAGACUUGCGCAGGAGACACCUGGCGAGGAUCCGAUCCGAAGAGGAAGAGGAGAACGACGAUGAAGGAGAAACCGCCGCGGAAAAGCGACGUCGACUGGCCGCAUUGGGUUUGGGUGGCGGAGAUGAAGAUUCAAGCAGCGACAGUGACGAAGACGAGCCGCGUCGAACCGAGGCCGCCGUGCCAGAACCCACACAAGAAGCGUCGUCGUCUUCUGCCCAACCUAAAGCUCGCAUUCAAUGGGGCGGCGAGAGGGGGCGAGAGAAGAAAGACCCCUAUGACAUCUACGCGGGCGACCCGAUUGUUGGCGCUGCAAGGAAACUGAGAGGGAUGAUGAAGAAGAGAACUUGAACAAUUUGUCGCCCUUUUGGAAGUCCGGACUGCCAGCUGCGGUCUCACCUGGUUCUGUUUUAUGUCGCCAUUUUGGAAAGAUGGUGUGUGAUGGUGAUGAUGGAUGUCGACUUUUGGUGCACGUAUUAGGGUCUGUAAUGCCUUUUGUAGCGAGCUAUGACGGAGUUCACGUAGAAAUCGUAUAUGAAUGCCUUUUGAUACUG